CAAAUCUUUCUAUUGGAUGAAAACCGGCUACUCACAAUGUGGGCGCUCCUUCGGCCAGCUCUGUGGUUUGGAAGCUCCCUUCGGGGCUACCACAUGCCUGUGCCCUUUCCGCAGCCCCGGAACGAAACAUCCUUGGUUCUGGUCGACGAGGCCCGUCGUUUCAUUCAGGAUUGCCUGCUGCGGGUUGGAGUUCCCUCCUCCAAGGUGCGCUGCAUCAGCGAGUUCCUGGUUGUGGCCGACUAUCGAGGGAACUUUGGCAACGGACUGAAUCGCCUGGACAACUACCUCAGUGAUCUGCAACGUGGACACGCCCGGCUGGAAGCAGAGCCUUCCGUAAUCAGCGAAACGAUGGCCACUGCCCAUGUGAAUGGCAACUCCGCCCUGGGCGUCCUCGUGGGAAACUUCUGCAUAGAUCUGGCGGUGAAGAAGGCGCAGAGUGCGGGUAUUGGAUUUGUGGUGGCCCAGCAAUCUCAUCACAUUGGAAUGGGUAGCUGGUAUGCGUUCCGAGCUGCUGUUAAGGGACUGGCCGGGAUGGUGAUGUCCAAUGCGGCUCCAACGAUGAUGGCUCCCGAUUCCAAGUCGGCCAGUAUUGGCUCCAAUUGCCUGGCCUUCUGUGUAAAGGGUAAGGAGUACCACUUUGUGCUGGACAUGGCCACCAGCGUGAAGGAUAUUGGAGCCGUGGAGUGGGCCUGGGCCAACGAUGAGUAUAUACCGCAUGGCUGGGCGGCCAAUGAGGGAGGCUUUUCAACCUGCUUUCCCAGCCUGGCGCUACGGUCACCAUUACUCUUCCCCGCCGGAGGUCACAAAGGAUACUGCCUGUCGGCCAUUAUCGAUCUUCUGUGUGGAGUGCUCUCCGGCGCCCAGUAUGCCACCCACAUACCCCUGGAUCAGAGUCAACCCUCAAACCUGGGUCAAGUGUUCAUUGCCCUCGAUCCCGAGUUCUUUUUGCCCAACUUUAUGGAACGUCUGGAUGACUUUUGUGGUCGCAUUCAGGAUAGCCAGCCGGCAGACGAGUCGGAACCCAUCCGGCUGCCUGGCGAACUGGAGCGAAUGCACAUGAACUACGUGGAGGAUUUGCGGGCCCUGCCCUAUCCCAACACCCUUUUAUCCAAGUACAAGGAUGUUGCGGAUAGGCUUUGUGUGCGACCCAUAGAACUGGCUUUCGACCGGUGUCAGUCCAGGAAGAGCUUUUAGUCUUAUACUCGUUAAAUGUUGGGGAAAUUUCAAUAUAACAUUAUUUUUCGUGG